GUCUACGCAUGCUUGACCAGCCGUUCAUGACUGAUCUCAUCGAGGCUAACGCCAUGGGCCACAUGCCCAACGUGAUCGACAUUUACAGCGCCUCCUGGGGACCAACCGAUGACGGCAAGACAGUCGACGGACCACGCAAUCUGACCAUGAGAGCCAUUGUCAAUGGCGUUAACAACGGGCGAAACGGCCUGGGCAAUGUAUACGUGUGGGCAUCUGGCGAUGGCGGCCCCAAUGACGAUUGUAAUUGUGAUGGCUAUGCUGCCAGUAUGUGGACCAUCAGCAUCAACUCGGCUACUAAUGACGGGCAAACUGCUGGCUAUGACGAAUCCUGUUCAUCCACUUUGGCUUCCACUUUUAGUAACGGAAAAAGCAACUCGCGGGAUGCUGGUGUGGCCACAACAGAUCUGUACAACAACUGUACCGCUAGUCACUCCGGGACAUCUGCGGCUGCACCAGAAGCUGCCGGUGUUUUUGCUUUGGCGCUAGAAGCCAAUCGUAACCUGACAUGGAGGGACAUACAGCACCUAACUGUUCUUACAUCCAAGAGAAACAGCCUGUACGACUCCAACGGCAUUCACCAUUGGAAGCUGAACGGUGCUCACUUGUUGUUCAACCACCUGUUCGGCUAUGGGGUUCUCGAUGCCGCCAGCAUGGUGGACUUGGCUAAACAAUGGAACGGACUCCCAGAGAGGUUUCACUGUAAGGCUGGCACCAUUACAGCUGAGAAGGAGCUCUCCUUUGGCAAGCCACUGCAAAUGAAAAUUGAGACCGAUGGCUGUUUUGGAACAGAGAAUGAGGUGAACUACCUGGAACAUGUGCAGGCUUUUGUAACUCUCCGCUCCACCUAUAGAGGCUGUGUCACCAUGUACCUGACCUCGCCCAUGGGAACAACGUCCAUGAUACUGAGCCAGCGACCAAACGAUGACGACGACAAAAACGGGUUCACUCGCUGGCCCUUCAUGACCACCCACACCUGGGCUGAGAUGUCCAGGGGAACCUGGACUCUAGACAUGACCGCCAUCUUCAAGGAGUGGACUCUAGUGCUGCAUGGCACCAAAACGGCUCCUUACGCCAACCAACCAGCAGGUCAGUCUCAACUCAUCUCAGCUUCCAUAGUUUGUAUACAAAUAAUGAUCAACAUCUUCAACUGA